GUGGUGGAGGAGGCUUGUUUCAACUCUUUGGACGCUGCUUUCUUUUCUCUCUCCAGGGCCAAAGCAAAAAAAGCUCCGGACCGAGAAACUCCAGCAGAAACACGGAUAAAACUCCCCCCUCGCAGGACGUUUUGGAGUUGACGCUAACGUGGCUUUAUUUUAUUUUUUUUUUUCCCUUUUGUUGUUGUUGUUUUUUGACGCCGCUUCCUGGUUCGAGUGGAACAUCUCCUCACAAAGAAAGUUUUACUGGCUAGGUUGCUAACAAGAAAAAAAAAAAAAAAAAAGAGAAAAAGCUGACAUUUAAAAGACUUUAAGCUUUUAUCAGCGCCUCGUCUGAACAGGAACGUGUUUAAGAGCAAACCUGAGUGACUCGAGGCUGAUUUAUUUUGUUUAUUUUAUUUAUUUUUUUGGAGGAGUCAUCAUCAACCAGAAGAGGAAGAGUUGGUAAAGUUAGCAUAACCCCCCCUCCCUCCUCCUCUCCUCCUCCUCCUCCCCCCUUCAUCUCCUCCUCCUCCUCCUCCUCCUCCUCCUCCUCCUUCAGCUCCUCCAGCUCCACCACAUCACAUGAACAUGUCCGGAAGAAGCGGAGCUGCCGGACCCUCGGGUGUGAGGGGUCCGGGUCUGGGUCCGGGCCCACAGCCCCUCAAGGCCACGGUUCCGUACCACCAGCUGGCCCGACCCAGACCCAGCCGCAGGGAGGCCAAGCCAGCUGGAAAGACAAAAUCUCACCAGCUGAGCUCGGGCAUGAGGAGGACGAUGUCUCUGGACGCCAUCGUGGGGCCGUACCUGCAGGGACACUGGCCCAAAGAACCGGAGGACCAGAGCGGUUUGUCCCGCGAGGACAAAGCCACUCAGACUCCGGACUCGUGGACAGAUAGUUCCCAGAGCUGGAGAGGAAGCCACAAGCGCUCGGCAUCGUGGGGCAGCGCCGAGCAUCUCAAAGAGAUCGCCAAACUCAAACAACAGCUGCAGCAGUGCAGCAAACCUGCAGCCUCGGGAGGACGUGACAAAGAGAGCCAGCGUGGGAAUCCUCCGGGGAGCUGUAGCCUAGGAGCUACUCAGACUCAGCCGAUUCCCAUCCCCCUGGCGACGCUCGUCCCUCGGCUGCGCUGCAGCGUGGAGGGUCUGAACCAGGAGCUGGAGGGCAUGUUCAUCAGUCAGCCUCCACAUCCACAGCAGAGGCUCCUCGAGGUCCCGGACGGCCACCGAGCUCCGGUCCCUCUGCAGAGCUGCAGCAGCGGAUCCCAGAGCGACGCCGCCACCACGCCCCUGUCCUCCUCCUCCACCUCCUCCUCCCCCUGCUCCUCCCCGAGCUGCACCGGCGCCUCCCAGCCCAGCGCUGCAGACGCCCCCGCCGAGCAGCACCUAGGUGUGAGCGACGGUGCAGAGCUUCGCCUCCCGUCUCCGUUCUCCCCCCAGACUGAGGCCGACGUCUCCCUCCCCCUCCUCAUCUCCUCCUCCCCAGGACCAAACAAGAGCUGCUGCUUCCAGAGGGAACCUCCAGAAGGCUGCGAGAAGGUCCGAGUCUGGGAGGAGAUCAGCUCUCUGCACCAACCCAAACCAGCCCAGCUCAUCUCCUCCUGCCCCGACCCCAACAAGGUCAACUUCACCCCCCACGGGACCUCCGCCUUCUGCCCCGUCAGCCUCCUCAAGCCCCUGCUCCCCUCCAUGGACCUGUUGUUCCGGAGCCUCGCCGUCUCUCCGGCCUCCAGCUGCUGCUCCGGGGGCCAAGGAUCUGGAUCCGGGUCGGGCCCCCGGGCUUCUCCUCAGGACCCGCCCCCUCCACCUCCUCCCGAGGUGGGAGAAACGUCCGGGGAGGGUCUGGCGUUCUGAUUUAUUCAGAUUUAUUUUUAGAGGUCUGUUCACACCUUUUCUACACAGGUUAAAAUAUAUAUAUGGAUAGUAAAAUACUGGGGGGGAGAAAAAACGACAAAGGAAACGCUUUAAACUCGUUUUGGAUUUCUAUCAGUUUAUUUUCCAAAGAUGCGUUUAGGGCCAAAAGUGAGCGUGGGACACGGCAGUUUCACGUCGGGGACUGCUCCGGGUAUUUGGAUUUUUAUUUGGUUCACUUCCAGCACAUAAUAACUUCAGAGCAGCCGUUUAUCUUUUUAUUUUAAAGUCGAGGAAGAUUAAAAUAAAAAGUUUCUUUCUUUUUUGUUUUCUUUUUAAGUCAAACAUAUUUAUUCAACCUUGCACCCGUCGCUUGAGUCCAAAGCACGACAAAUCACUUGGGUACUUUUUAUUUUUAAUUUACCCGAUUUAUAAAAAGAAAAAGAUGAAAUCACACGUUCAUUAUCGUACACUGAAGCAAUCCUCCUCCUCCUCCUCCUCCUCUUCUUCUUGUUUUUUAAAGUCGUUGCCUCGCGGCUCCAGUUCCUGCUUCCAGCGUCGUACAGAUUCCUGAUGUUGUCGAUUACUCGUGAGAGAAGUGAGGUGAUGCCGUAGACGUGCGCUUCGUUGUGUGUUCUAGUCCCGAGGCUAGCUAGUUGACUACCUAACCAGUUUUAGUGGUGUAGAUCCGACAUCCUUAACGUUUUCUUCUGACCCGUUUGAAGAUCAGAUAGUUUAGACACGUUUGCACAGAUUGAACUGCUACGUUUGAGUCGCAAUUCUUAUUUUUAUAUUCACUUUGUUGUACAUUUGAGACUAGUUGUUUGUAUUUUCUACAUUUUGUUGUUGUUGUUGUUGUUUUUUUUCAUUUACCUGCAACAUAAGCUAAAGAAAGAAAGAAAGAACCUGUUACUCGUUUUGUUCUGUCGGAGACGAAGCGUUGAGCCGGGGGGGUUUUUAUUUUAUGCACUUCCAAGGAGAGCGUUUAGUUCCCGGCUCCGACGUCUGCGGCAGCUUUGUUUGUGUGUUUGUUUGUUUGUUUGUUUGUGUGGAUGAAAAGUUGUUCUUUCUCCCUAAAUAAUCUUUAAAUGUUUGUGGAGUCACCGCGGACGCUGAGGGGGGAAAUGUGCCGUUAUCUCAGGUUCUUUUGUUCUAUCCACAUAAAUAUACGAUGAUGUUGAAACUGUU